GUUCGGAAGAUGAUGAAAUUUCGUGGCUCGGUGCUAUACGCUUUGUGGGAAAGAAACCCUUGCAGCAAGCCUGUGUGACUGUGAACGGUCACCUCGUCAUUGGUGGUGAACCUGAUGGUAUGCCUGAUGCCAACAUCCAAUUCGACAGCUGCCACAACGAGGGCAUGUUGUCUUUUGGCGGGGCCCUCCACGUGGAUGGCUUGACCAUGCGAUCCGGCUUCGUGAUGAUCCAGGACAGUAGCUCGGCAGGUGGUGGGGGCCUUUACAUUCGCGGCAACGGGCUCCAUCAAACGGGUGGGAAGGUUUUGCUGAAGGACUGUGGCUCGGAUGGCUCCGGCGGAGGCCUGCGGAUAGACUCAGAUGAUGGUUUUCAGCAGGAUGCUGGUGACAUCAGCUGCAUAGGGUGCGCCGCAGCUCAGUAUGGGGGAUGCAUGGCCAUUAAUGGUCGUACAUACAUCGCUGGCUCCAUCGACGUGAAGAACUGUUCAGCUGACUCAGGGGGGGCCGUCUCGGUCCUUGGCGCGUUGGAGUCUUUGGGCCUCAUGGAGUUCGCGUGGUGCACAGCCAGAGCAGGCGGCGGUGCGCUCCGGGUUGAGUCCCGCCUCAUCCAACAUGCCGGCAGCAUGAAGUUUCGAUCAUGCACUGCUACCGAGGAUGGAGGUGCGAUGAAUCUUGAUAAGAGCCUAACCGCAACGGGCACUAUGGAGUUCUAUGCAUGCCACGCAGACGGCGAUGGCGGCGCCAUCAAGCUCCACGGCAACCUCUUCCAACUAGCAGACGGAAACAUGAGCUUUGCCUUAUGCACCGCACGCCGCGGAGGUGCAGUGGCAGCUCGCGGUCUUGAAGCUUCCGGCACCAUGGAGUUCAAGCAGUGCCAUGCGGACGAUUCAGGUGGUGCAGCUGUCGUUGAGACUGACUUCGAUCAGAAAGCCGGCCGUGCAGACUUUAAGUCAUGCACCGCUGGAAACGGAGGCGCUCUGGUAGUCCGCGGUGACCUUGUUUGUGACGGCCUAUGCAGCAUUGAAUCUUGCCAUGCGGAAGGUUCUGCCCUUGAGGUUUCGGGCGAAAUUCGUGUUCCUGAUCUGCCGACAGACUGUCCAGAUGGAGUACUGGACUUGACGGGAAUGUUGUAUGUGGUCGACUGGAUUUCCUUUUUUCAUGGAAACUGCAAGAUUAGGGGCACAGGCGCCACAGUGCUGAUCAAAGAACCCCUGGUCGUCGAAGGAGCUGUUGAGUUCCUCGGCAUCAUCACCUUCAUUGGACUGUCGCCUAUGGAGCAAGCUUGUGUGACGGUGCAGGGCAAUGUCACAAUUGGUGGCACUUCUGAUGAAGCUAACAUCCUGUUUACGGAUUGCCACAACCAGGACAACACAUCUGCUGGUGGAGCUCUCCACAUCGUGGAGGGCCUCACUGUCGUCUCUGGUGUGUUGGAGAUUGAGCGAAGCAGUAGCGUGAAAGGCGGUGGUGGGGUCUACAUCGAUAACGGCAAUCUUCGACAAGUCGGUGGCAGGUUGCUUUUCAAUGCGUCUACUUCAGAAGACAAUGGAGGAGGCUUGCUGAUCGGCAAGGGCAGUCUCGUCCAGGCAGAUGGACAAAUCAGCUGCCACAAGUGUUCCGCAAAGCGUGGUGGAUGCCUGGCAUUGAAUGGCGCAGACAACUACAGCUUGCAGACGAAUGGUUCCAUUGAAGCGGAGAGUUGCACGGCUGCUGCAGGUGCAGGAAGCCAAUCGUUUUGCUCUUGCAGAACAGACUCAGUUGUGUGA